AUGGAGAGUCUUUACGAUAAAAGUAUAGAAACGUUUCUCAAGAGUGUGAUAUCAAAUAUAUGUUUGAGUAGAAUAGUAGUAGCACUAACAGAAGUAUCGACUAUCAUAGACUCCUCAGAAGACAUACCUGCUGCUUUACGACCACACGUAUUACUCACAGCGUUGAGGAUAUUGAGAGAAAUAGAGAGUGACCAGCAGCUCCUGGAUCAGGGCUACGUGGAGAUGAUUCCUCAUCCGAGAUGUGGAGACACCAGCUGCUGUCUGGGGGAGGUGUGGGAACUACCUCUGGGUAUAAGGCUCGUGGGACCGGAUGAAUCAUUGGUCAAUUUAAGGUCUGUACUCUGUGGGCCCUUAGUACCUACCUCUGUGUUGAGAGACAGCCAAGAGGGGAGGCUUGGGGUAUAUAAGAGCCAGCUGUGUUUAUUCCUCCUGUCGGCGGCUGUGGUCUACGGAGCUGAGGAGAAGAAGAAUGAGAAGCGUGGUCUUCUGGGUCUAGGAUACGGCGCUCCGCUGCUGGGACACGGGCUCGGUCUGUAUGGAGGACACGGGCUCGGUCUGUACGGAGGACACGGCAUCAGCAUCGCCUCGGCGCCCAUCAUCAGCCAUAGCGUGGCCCUGCCCGCGCCCAUCAUAGACCACGGGCUGAUCGGCGGCCUCGGGGGCCACGGUCUGAUAGGAGGACCUCUGCUGGGGCUCGGUCAUGGCUGGCGUUAA